GCGCUGCCUGACGGUGCAUGCGCAGAACGUCGCUGUCUGGAACGCCUGUGUGGGGAGAAUUUAUGACAUGGUGUUCUGCAGCCCAUCAUGACCGUGUGCUUUACCAUUAGGCGAUUGUCAUUAACACUGAUUAAAACCCUUGGGAGUUUGGAAAGGACCUUAAGAUUGUAGCCAACACCGUGAGUGACUUGACACCAUGAAGGGGCACCAGAAAAGCCCUGAUCCAGAAGUGGAUGUUCCUAUCAUCGAAGAAGGUUCUGUUGCCUCCGUCGAAAACCCCUCUGCUAUUGCGUCAAUCCAGACAGCUGCCUCAUUUUCUGCUGAUCAGCCAAUCAAGUACCUUUUCAAAACGGAGGGAACAGGAGGACAGGUGACAUACCGGGUGAUCCACGUGGCUGAUGGACAGGUGGAGACCCAGGCAGAUGGAGCUACAGCUGUUAGCGUGGUGGCUGGCUUCCCUGCAGCCACCCAGGCUGGGUCACCAAAUGUAACACAGGCUGUGUUCUCUCAUGCUGAAGGACUGGAAGGAGAAGCCACUGAGACUCACUACUACUAUCCGGCCACCAUCGCAGACACUACCACCCCUGCUACCAUGGUAACCAGUGUCCACGCAGCUGAUUCGCUGCUCACUCAGCCCACUUCGGCAGGUCAACUCUAUGUGAUGAUGUCCUCCCAAGAUGUUUUGGGCACUGCCCAGCAGAGUAAGACAGAGGCCCCACGCACCUCCAGAGAUGAUAAGAGGAGAGCACAGCACAACGAAGUUGAGCGCAGACGUAGGGACAAAAUCAACAACUGGAUUGUUCAGCUGUCUAAAACAAUCCCCGACUGCACCCUGGACGCAACUAAAAAUAGCCAGAGUAAAGGGGGGAUCUUGUCGAAGGCUUGUGACUACAUUCAGGAGCUGCGGCAGAGCAAUGCUAGAUUAGGAGAGGAGCUGGAAACGCUAGAUAGACUAAGGAUGGACAACCAGCUGCUCAGACAAGAGAUGGAAGACUGGAAAUCUAAGAACCAGAUGCUCAGAACCCAGCUAAGGCAACAUGGCAUCGUAGCGGCCUCAAGCAUGGACCCUCAGUGAAACCCUGCUAGUUCUCAAUCACUCACUGCAGGCUUAUUAUGUACUGAGAUCAACAUUUUGGGAAAGAGCAGAUAUUCUCUGACAGGGUAAUAAUAUAGAACUGGUCUUGAUUGAGUCUGUUUGCCUUUCAGCUGAUGAUGUAAGAUAAGGUUCGGGAUUGUGAAGAGACUCAGAUGUGAAUUAUAAGCUCAUUAACGCUGCUUCUUCUCUCAGUGAAAAAAAAAUCACCCCCAACUGCAGGUGAUUGGGGGACGUUUCACAAAGGCAUUUCUCUCAGGUAGCUAAAUAACUUAAAAGGAGGCAUGAAUCCUAGAACCUGUAAGCCUCAGUAUGGUGUACAUGACUAAUACUAUUACAAUAUAUUGUACAAACCAAGUUAAAUAGUUUCUUUCUUAUUAGAAAUUGACAAAAAUGUGUUGACUGAUCUGUAAUGUUGAUUACAAAUAAUCAUUUUAAUAGUACUAGACAUGAACACUCAUGCAGUCCACAUUUCUAGGUUCAGUACAGUCGAACAACCACAAACUGGCUUCUUGGCUUUACAAAAAAAAAAAAAAAAAAAAAAAGGACAGAAAUCCCAUUUAUCCACUGGCAUUUCAACUUGCAGUAGGAGCCAGAGGGAAGGUGUUAAAGCCGAAGCACCUGCUAAUUGGUUUCUUCUUCAAUUGAAUGUCUAAUUACAAAGUUUUGAUGGUAUUUUUCCAAGUGCAGUAAAACUACUGCCAGUGGUAAUUGAUUGAAACUACAAAUGUGACAGCGGAAUCGGGCUUGUCUUCAAGUUACGCUGCUUUUCUGAGAAAUGUUCCUUUGUGAAAUGAACCCUAAGUUUAUAGUCAGGGGUCUGCGAACUGCACUGAUGCAUUUUUUUAUAUUCUUUUUUCCUCCCAAAGUCUCAAAAUAUUUUGGGAAUCACUGGAUAAUAGAGUUAUGAUCUGAUAGUUUGAUUUUAUAGUUUGAAAUAAUUGCACAUGGAUAUGGUAUGCGCAUUGGCAGUCUUUGGCCUGCUUCAGUAGAAUCCAGAAUGAUAUUUAUAUUGUGAAAAAGGUCUAACACUUGCUUUAGACAUGCUCUGUAAAUAUAAUGAAUAACUCGUGAGAAAAUUCACAAAUGCGCCAUUAUCAUAUGAUGACAAUUUGAACGGAAUAACAGGGUUGUAUUUUCAUUAUUGUUUGUUGGACGGUAUUUAGAAUAGGUAACCAUUUAUUAUGAUUCAAAUUUGUGUGCAAAAAUGAAACCCAUUACCAAAUUCAGGAACGUAGUCAUAUGGUCUACAAUGUGGGUUAGUUUAGCUGUUUUGGGUUUACAAAUAGGCCAAUCUUUCUGUCCACAUUGGAAUUAAAUUCGGGUUUUUUUUUUUGUUUUUUGUACCCACACCUACUAUGAAGCCAGGGGAUAUUGUAAAAUAAAACAUGUAAAAAUGUUUGUAUUGCUCCCAAAUAAUCUCCAAUAAUUUAUCCAGGUUGUUUGUAACACAUUGAGUUUUUUAUUAAAUCAAUAGAAACUAUGA